AUGGAGCCCUCCCCCGGGGGCGCCCCCGCCGCUGCCCCACACCCCCGGCCCCCUCGGGCGGAGCUCUUGGGCCCGAGCGCCCCCGCCGGGCAGCCGCAGCAGAAGGUUCUGUCUCUGAAGCUCACCAUGUGGAAAUGUGCAACUAGACUUCCUGAUGCUUGGCUGCAGGGAUAUCUGAGGGAGCGACUUUGUCUUCUGGAGAAUGAUGACAGUAAAGCCAGGGCCGUGUUCCGCGAACUGUCUGCCCGGCUCUUGUCUAUUGAUAGUGAGGAGCACCUAAUCAUGGUGACAUUCUGGACUUUUGAAGAAAUCUGGAAGUUUGAAACUUAUUAUUCUCUAGGGUUUUUAAAGCAUUGCAUGGAGAGUCUGUUGCUUGAUGGCCAUUUCUGGCUUUUUGCACACGAGGAGGAGGAAGCAGCUGAGAUUGAUGUCCAUUUGGACGAGGAAUGCCUGGCUAUCAUCUCCAGGGACCUGGCCAUGCAAGAGGGGGCCUUCUUUGUAUUUCAUCCUGAAAAUGUUCUAAGUGAGAAAAGCGCUUCGUACUCUGGAGGCCGAAUUUCCCAGCUGAGCUGGGCUGAAAGAGCUUCUGAGGCAGCGGAGUGGAAGGCCCUCACGGACCGUCUUUCCCAGCCCUUGGCUCCUUUUCAUCAGUGGUUUCUGAAAGCAAACCUGAACCCUGCAGAUUUUGCUGGGACAUCCCAGCCGGUUGGUCCCCGUUCAGUUGGUCCUGAUGUGGCUGAGGGAUCUUCAGUAGCAAUUAUUGGCCACGCAAGUGCUGGGCCAGACGAAAUUGGCUUCCAGGAAGGCAGCAGGAUUGACAUUAUUGGCUACUUCAUGACAAGCCUGCCGUGGUUUGUGGGAAGACGAGUGCCGGGGGGCCAGAUUGGUUUUGUGCCAAGCACUCAUGUUAAACCAGAGACCUUCAAGGAAUCACCCUGCCAGGCUUUCUUUGAAGACAAGCCUCCUUUCCCCACCAAGGAAGCAGCCCUUUCAGAAGAGGAUGUGAUAACACUCUUGGAACAAGCAUCACACGAGGACAUCUGUCAGGUCUACCGAAUAGAUGGACAAGAAGAUACUGAAUUUGAACCAUCUGUGAAGCAAGGUAAAAUUCAUUGCGUGUGGAUGUCUAUUAACGAAAACACCUGUGCGGUGAAAUAUCAGGUGGAGCAAUUGCUGAGGAAAGUGAAAGACUUGUCUGGGGAAGGGGGAGCUGAAGGGAAGGAGCCCUUUUCUGCUCCGGAGGCCGAGGUGCCGCCUUCUGCCUCACCGGAGCCCCCUUUCUGUGUAGGCCAAGUGGAUCAGAGCUGCCGGCCAGGAGUCUCUGAUUCUUUGCUGCUUUUUCUGAAUGGGGAAGGGUAUGAGGCUACCUUCAAGAGCCUGUACGACCUUUCAUUUUCCUUCCUUGGGACUUUGUUUUGCGGCUAUGCCAGUGAGGAGGACCUGACGGAUUACUUUGGUGCGAUGAGGGAAGCCGCAAAACGAGCCGGUCUGCGGUGGGCCUUGGCCAGGCUGUGCUGCCUCUUGGGGAGGAUGAGCGUCCGGAAGUUCAAGCUGUCUCAAGCCCGAGUUUAUUUUGAAGAAGCCUUAGCAACUUUACAAGGAGACUUUCGAGACCUCUAUCUUGUCACUGCUCUUUAUGUAAAUCUGACUGGGAUCUACCUGAUGCAGAAGAACAAAGCAAAAUGUUCUGGCCUUCUGGACAAGGCUGCCGCUUUGCUCCUGGGCCUUCCCGACUAUAUCAGCAGCACAGCCAUGGAGUCAGAGAUCCUGAAGCACGCUUUGAAGAGAGCCAUCCUUAGCCAAAGCAGGAGCACAGAAGCUAGAGCCUGCUUUCUGCUGGUGAAGCAUUAUCUGCACUUGAAGCAAGGGGAAGACGCUCUGCCCUUCCUGGAGCGGCUGCAGCUCCUGAGGGAAGAGGCGGGCUUCCAAGAGCGUGCCUUGUCCGCAGGGGGAUGGUUGAUCCUCGGCCAGCUCUAUGGCCAGAAGCGUUUGCCCCACCUGGUGCUCAGCUGUGUCCAGAAAGCCUCCUCUUGCAGCUCAGGAUCUUUGGCUGAGUCCUUCAGAAGCAUUGAUCUUGUAUUAAAAAAUGGUCCCCGAACCGUGGGGCGAACACCCCCCUCCCAAAUUGCACUUUAUCUCAGGCAGAUGCUCCCUUUGCUGGCCGGCAGCAAGGAGCAUGGAAAACUGUGCAGAGUCGUUUGCUGCAGCCUUUCUGUUCUCUGCAGUCGCCACAAGCUGUACAGGAAAGCCGUUGCUUACAUGGAGAAGGUGCUGGAGGGAGAUGUGCAAACGAGCACCAAAGAAACCAUUAGCCACUUGGUUUUCCUCAGCUGGUUAUACAUCCUCCAAGGGCAAAAUAUGGUAGCUGUGGAUAUUUUGAAUGCCAUAACUGAGUCUUCGGAGAGCAGCCACCAACAGUUGGGUGUUGUGCAUAACAUGCUGGCAAUUGCUUUGAAACGGCUGCGUGCCACCAAGCGAGCAGCGGAAAGCUACUACAAAGCCCUGUGCCUUUCACAGGAGACGGGCGGGAUGCAGAACCAGGCAGUUGCUUUGGCCAACCUGGGGGUUCUUUGUUGGCAUUCAAGCGCCAGAAGUCUUGGGGAGCGCUUCUUGCUGAGAGCAGUCAAGGUGUUCUCUGAACUGCCGAGGGCUGACUGGGGCAGAGAUUUCAUCGAAGUCCUCCUCAGACUUGGGCGCUGCUACACCGACCAUGUGUGGAAAGAAGCAGCAAGAUGUUGUUAUGAAUGGGCCUUUUUGGUGGCCAUGGAAACAGACCACUUGGAAGGGCAAUUCCAGGCUGUUCAGCAUCUGUGCCAAUUCUACAGUACAGUUUUUCCAGACGAAAUGCAGUGUCUUCUGUACAAAGAGUACCAGCUUUCCUUACUUAGGAAAAGGCCUGACAAAGUCGUGGAGGGGCAGGUGCUGGAAGCCAUCAGCCAGCUGUAUCUGUCUCUAGGCACUGAAAGGGCAUACCGAUCUGCUCUGGAAUACACUAAACGAAGUCUUGGACUGUUCAUUGAUCUUCAGGCAAAAGUGAAGGAAGCAUACGCCUGGCUUCAGGCAGGAAAAAUAUAUUAUAUGUUGCGGCAGAAUGAGCUAGUGGACCUUUACAUUCAGGUUGCCCAAAAUGCUGCUGCCUGCACUCAGGAUGCUCACUUAGAAAUGGAUUUAUUUGAAGCAUCUGGAGACAUAUUUUUUAAUGGCGACUGGGAAAAGGGAAGAGCAGUGUCCUUCUACAGGGACAAGGCUCUGCCCCUUGCUGUGAAGACCCAGAACAGAAACGCUGAGCUCCGCCUCUACAACAAGCUGGUGGGGCUGCUGAUGACGGUGAAGGCCUAUGAGGAAUGCCUGGGAUACGCACAAGCAGCGCUGGUCCUCAGUGUAGAUUUAGGGAUACCGUUGAGUGAAAGAGCGGCAUAUCACCGUCUGGCUGUCAUCCACCACCAUCUGGGGCACAGUGAGCUUGCGGAGCACUUCUUCCUGAAAGCUCUGUCCCUCUGCCCUGCCCCUCUGGAGUAUGACGAAGAAGCCUUAUACUACAUGCAGGUCUACCUUGUUCUCGGAGACAUCAUUUUCUAUGAACUGAAGGAUCCUUUCGAUGCCGCUGGGUACUACAACCUGGCUCUGGCAGCAGCCAUGGAACUGGGCAACAAGAAAGCUCAGCUGAAGAUUUACACGAGGCUCGCAAUUAUCUACCACAACUUCCUGGUGGACCGGGAGGUCUCUCUCUCUUACUAUCGGAAGGCCAGAGCCUUUGCAACGGAGCUCAACAUUCACAGAAUCAAUCUAGCCCCUCCUCAGGGUCAUGUGAGAGCAGCACAGGCGCUAGCGAAGACUGUCAAAUGAGAUUCCAGCCAUACACCUGGUGCCCAGACAGUGUGCAAGAGACCUGCUCGUAUAUGACAUGGCGCAGGGGCCGCUUGCAUGCCACAAACAUCAUGCCGUUUUUAUACUGAGAACAUAUGAUUCUGCAAAAGUCUCCAAAGAUUCACCUGUGUGCACUUUAAUAAAAUGAGUGUGAUAUGAUACGGAACAGUCUGCAUCUUCCAAGCAGAUUUCAAAGCAAAUUAAGUGCUCAUCUAAGGAGAAGAUUGUUGAAAUGUAAUUACCUGCAGGAUUGGACAAGCAAUAAACAUACUGACUAUUAAA